AUGUAUUUUCCAAUUCGCGUAGCGUUGCCUGCACUUUGUGCUUCGGUCGCCCAUGCGGCCAUUGCACCAAAGCCUGUCCCUCCUCCUUCGACAGCUGCUUCAACUGCGACUUCUGGCCAGUCAACCUUUCAGCAGUUGAUCGACCAUAAGAAUCCUAGCUUGGGUACAUUUUCUCAACGUUACUGGUGGAACUCGGCCUGGUGGAGCGGAGAGGGUGCACCGGUGAUUUUGUUCACUCCCGGAGAGGAAGCGGCCGACGAGUACACGGGAUACUUGACCAACAGGACUAUCACCGGUGUGUAUGCACAGGAAGUUAAGGGUGCUGUGGUAAUGCUUGAGCACCGUUACUGGGGAGACUCAUCACCCUAUCUGGAGCUGACUGCUGAAAACCUGCAACAACUGACUUUGGAGAAUUCAAUUGCGGACCUUACUUACUUCGCAAAGAAUGUCGAGCUUCCCUUUGAUACAAACAGCAGCAGCAACGCUCAGAAUGCGCCAUGGGUCUUGAGCGGAGGAUCUUAUAGUGGUGCCCUGUCAGCUUGGACUGAGUCUACAUCCCCCGGAACAUUCUGGGCGUAUCAUGCGUCCAGCGCCCCAGUCGAGGCCAUCGAUGACUAUUGGCAAUACUUUUCCCCUGUUCAAGAAGGAAUGCCCACAAACUGCAGCCGGGAUAUCAGCAGAGUUGUGAACUACAUUGAUAAAAUCAACGAGUCCGGAUCAAAGAAGCAGGUCCAGGAACUGAAGGACUUGUUUGGUCUUGGUGAUAUCGAACAUUUCAAUGACUUUGCUAGUGCCCUCGAGAAUGGACCGUGGCUAUGGCAGUCCAAUAGUUUCUACACAGGCUACUCCGGGUUCUUUGAGUUUUGUGAUUAUGUUGAGAACGUUGAGAACGGGACGAGCAAAAUCCCUGGAUCAGAUGGUGUCGGCCUUCACAAGGCACUCCAAGGUUAUGCGAGAUGGUUCAAGAACGUUUACUUCCCUGGAUCAUGCGCGAACUAUGGUUACUGGACUGAUGAAUCGACUACUGCAUGCUUCAACACAUACAAUGCGUCCAGCCCUAUCUUCACGGAUACUUCCGUGAACAAUACCGUUGACCGACAAUGGCAGUGGUUCCUUUGUAAUGAGCCUCUGUUCUACUGGCAAGACGGCGCGCCAUCUGGCGUUUCAAGUCUCGUGUCUCGCACCGUCAACGCGGAGUACUGGCAGAGACAGUGCUCGCUCUUCUUCCCCGAAGUGAACGGCUACACUUUUGGUAGUGCGAAGGGCAAGACCGAAGCGGAGGUCAACGCGUGGACCAAGGGUUGGGAACUGACCGACACCACUCGACUGAUUUGGGCCAAUGGUCAAUAUGAUCCGUGGAGAUCGGCCGGUGUUUCCUCCUCUUUCCGACCUGGAGGGCCACUUGAGUCACGGGAAUCCGCCCCGUUGAAUGUCAUCCCAGGAGGUUUCCACUGCUCGGAUCUGAUUGUGAAGAAUGGUGCUGUGAACGAGGGGGUACAGAAGAUCAUUGAUGCUGAAGUGGCACAGAUCAAAACUUGGGUCGAGGAAUACUAUAAGCAAUGA